GGUUCUUACAUAUAACAUUAAUGAGGAACGGAGUGGCCAACGGCCUGUAGAGCAACAUGCCCAAGUUUUAUUGUGACUACUGUGAUACAUACCUCACCCAUGACUCUCCAUCUGUGAGAAAGACACAUUGCAGUGGAAGGAAACACAAAGAGAAUGUGAAAGACUAUUAUCAGAAAUGGAUGGAAGAGCAGGCUCAGAGCCUGAUUGACAAAAGAACGGCUGCAUUUCAACAAGGAAAAAUACCUCCUACUCCAUUCUCUGCUGCUCCUCCUCCUGCAGGGGCGAUGAUACCACCUCCCCCCAGCCUUCUGGGUCCUCCUUGCCCUGGUAUGAUGCCAGCACCCCAUAUGGGGGUUCCUCCCAUGAUGCCAAUGAUGGGCCCUCCUCCUCCUGGGAUGAUGCCAGUGGGACCUGCUCCUGGAAUGAGGCCGCCCAUGGGAGGCCACAUGCCAAUGAUGCCUGGGCCCCCAAUGAUGAGACCUCCUGCCCGUCCCAUGAUGGUGCCCACUCGGCCCGGAAUGACUCGACCAGACAGAUAAGGAUAGAGGGGAGGCUUCAUUGUAUCAGUUUUGUAUUACCUGUUCUGCUUCACCAGGAGAUCAUGCUGCUGUGAUACUGAGUUUUCUAAACAGCAUAAGGAAGACUUGCUCCCCUGUCCUAUCAAAGAGAAUAGUUUUGGAGGGGAGAAG